ACACGGCCUCAAUUUGUUAUCUCGUUUGUCGGGGCUGUCCAGUUUCAACUACCGAACGAAACACAAUCCAGCAUUACUCGCCGGAAGAGCAAUGGAGUGUGCCGGAAAAGGGAGCCGAACGCCGUGCUCUGGCCCGGCCACCAGGCGCUGCGGACGCUGCCAAGCCGUUGCGUACUGCUCAAUCUCUCACCAGGUUUCACAUUGGAGUGUUCAUAAGGAGGAGUGCGAACGGCUGGAACAACAAAUGGAUGACGCUGAUGUUAUUAGUGAUUUCCCUUUCACAUUCACCGAAGAAGCUACUACAAAGGUGUUUGAUCGCAGCCAAUCAAGGUGUUCAUUCUUGGAAACUCGGGGAGUUCACCGCCUGGGGAUGUGGAUGUGGGAGUGUGCAUGUCGGCCAAAAGUUGAUUCUUUAGAUGUAUUAAGGCAUAGUGAGGGAUGGAAUCUUUCGAGCAUACUAUGCCCUUGCAAAGGGCCAUCCUCACCAAUACUGAAGUGUAUAAGUAGCUGGAAAGAAUACUACGAAUGGAGGUGCAUCCCACUAAAUUCUCCUGUUGCAUUACUUCUUCACUGGCCACUAACAGUGUAUUGGGCCAUUCAACUUGCAAUCAUGAGAAACCUAGUUUCUGAACUUGAGGGUGGUGAACUUCACAUACAUUAUUUAGGUCCAGAAAAAGAGCUUUGCCAACUUGCUAUCUUUGGCGAAUUGCAUGCACUUCUCCCCGGAGUUAAGAUAGACAUAUAUUUUGUUGGAAAUAAAGUUCCACUGGACAGGGAUGGUGACAAAAUUGGGCUUUACAGUUACUGUCGUUGCAUUGACGCAGACUGCGAAUGCAAAUCUAUGAAUGCUAGUUUUGGAUCAUUCUCACCCACAGAUAAAUCUUGUCCAGUGACGUUACAUCUUUGUGCUGGUUAUUAUCACGAUCGUUACAGAGAUCUAUCAAAGGAGUCCUCCCCAAGUAUAAUUAUUGCCCCAAAUGCUGGUAUUGCUGCUUAUAGGAGCUGGUUACCAACAUUAGAAUUGAUAAAGAAGAUUAAAGCUCCGGCAAUUUUCUCUGAUUAUUGCGAAGAAGCUUGUUGUCUAUCAAUGAGUUGUAUAAGCUCAGUAACUGGCUCUGAUCCAAGCUUUCCUAUUCAGUUAAAUCCCUUCAGGCAACCCCUUGCAGUUGAAGACAGUGCUCUGUGUAUUCCUUGCCACUCCAAUUGUUUUCUUUUUGGCAUCUGAAAAGGUAAACGCAGCACGGAGUACUCAGGUUGCUUCAGAUGCACAUUCCCUAUCUUCUUUGUAAUUAUGUCAUUGUGGUGAGGCAGCAAAGGUACGCGUCUCACACCAACCUAUUUCGUUUGGGAGGAAACUCCACUCGUGUCGUACUUCGCUCAAUUUGCCCAAUGGUAAAAUUUGGAGUUUGAGAUUUCUUUGGAUGAAAGUGUGGUGCUUGGCUUUACUAUUUCUGUGUAUAGAAAGUGACCAUGUUAAUAUGUUACUUCCUCCGUCCCAAAUUAUAAUGCCUGUUUAUUAUUCACAUGGUCAAACUUCAUUCACUUUUUUUCUUUAUUUUCAUUAGCAAUUUGAUAAAAUAAAAUAUUGUUGUCACUACUAGUUUUGUAGAUCUUUUGAUGUAGUAUUUUGAUAUGUAAUUUUUAUUUUUUAACUUUAUACAAUUUGUCAUAUAAAAUGAUUUGAAAAUAACUUUCCUCAAACAUCGUAAACCGCAACAGGCGUUAUAAAAUGGGACGGAGGGAGUACUAUAUUGAAACUACAAGCCCAUCCGCACGCUUUAUGUUGUGUAAUGAAUAAGUGGAUGACAGUCAUAUAAUAUAAACUGCAUUUGUGGUGAACAUAAAGAGAACAAAUAGAAAUGAGCAAUUGCUAAUUGCAUCAAUUAAUGUCAUAUACAGACCAUACACAUUCACUCUCCUCCAAUAUGCAAAUUUUAUUUUUCCUGGAAAAUUGAUAUAUAAUCAAAUCAUUUAUUCAUUUUUUCCUACAUGUAAUAAGCUUGUGCUUGUUGUACUUGACCUUGAGCCAAUUGAUUCCAAUGGAGGCUCCUUCCCUCACCUUGCUGGCGGCCACCUUCGUCUUCUCCACCCCUCUCUCAAAUUUCUCGCUCAUUUUCCUCGAAAGCUUCGGGGAUGGCCCACCGAGCCUCGCCGGACGCUCCUCCGCAGCCCUGCGGUAGCCCCCUGCACCGCCCCACGGGUUGUCGUUGGGCGGUGCCAUGGCUGAGAUAUGGUUGUGAAUGCCACCACCACCACCCCAAGGGGAACAAGAUUUUUUUGGGUUCUUUUGAUUUCUUUGGGCAAGAAAAUGUGGGGAUUCUA